UGAAAGGGCUCUAGAAGGUAACAAAGUUAUGUUACAAUUGUAAUCGAAAUGAUAUGUAACAUAGAAGUUGGAAUGUUCUAUACCAAACACGUAAUAAUCACUUACAUAACUGAAAGGGCUCUAGAAGGUAACAAAGUUAUGUUACAAUUGUAAUCGAAAUGAGAUGUAACAUAGAAGUUGGAAUGUUCUAUACCAAACACGUAAUAAUCACUUACAUAACUGAAAGGGCUCUAGAAGGUAACAAAGUUAUGUUACAAUUGUAAUCGAAAUGAGAUGUAACAUAGACGUUGGAAUGUUCUAUACCAAGCACGUAAUAAUGACUUAUAUAACUGACAGGGAUCUAGAAGGUAUCAAAGUUAUGUUACAAUUGUAACCGAAAUGAUAUGUAACAUAGUGGUUGAAAUGUUUGAGCAAGCACGUAAUUUCAGUUACAUAACUGAAACAGUCGUCAUCAAAAAUUGGCCCAAACCGCUUGAAGCACUGGUCUUAAUUUCUUUUCUUAUCCAUAAAAUAGGUACCUUUUGCGCAGUCUCGUACUGUCGUGUCGUGAGACGCCAUUUCUGUUUUCUGUCUUAUGACGUGUGACUGAUGCGAACGCGGUUGAAUUUUUGUGAAGUUUAUGCAGUUUUACUUUUUUGUGGGUAGAGUUAGGUGAAGAUAUUUGAAAAAGUCGCUCCUACGCAUAUAAGUCAAAAGUAAAGGUCAACGGCCGCGGGAGGCGGGACACAUAACCUCAAAUUCUUUUUGACGCGUUGAAAUAAGUCGGUGUUCGUUCUGUGUUUAAGUAGUUCAGUUGCUCAAAAACAUGGAUCAUGCUACGUAUGCAGUAGUAUUGUUUGAAGAAGACCAAACCUGUUCUGAAGUACCGACAUCAUGGAUAUCACCAUCAAAAACGUCCUGCUGGUGGCCCAAUACGAAGAAUGUGUCUUCCUUAAUAUCAAAAGGAGUUACUCCAGAUAAAAAUAACCCUAUUACCUGGAAAUUAUUUCGUGUGCAAGUACAGGGUUACUAUGACACUUUAGAUGCAGCACGAAAACGGGCUACAGAUGCCGAUUAUACUUCAGCAGAGGAUGAAAAAGGAAGGGGACUUCGACGUAAAAAAAAGGCGCUUAGAGUAAUAUCUGAUUCUGAGGACAGUUACAGUGGCAAAGAAAAUUCUCCUCCGCCUUCCUUAAUGGUGGAUCACAGUGAAAUUACUGCAAUAGCAAACUCAGACUGUAGAAAUUCAGAAAGCGUAUCUUAUUGUAAUCGUACUUUAUUAGAAAACGUCGAGGAAAACGUACAAGACAGUGAUACUAAUUUUCUAGACAAUCAACAAUCAACUCCUGAUAGAACCGAGGAUAGAACCCUUACUUCCUAUGACAUGGGGCGUGACAUAAAAGAUUUGACAGACAAAGUUGACUAUCUCAUUAAAAUUAACAAAAAAAUAUUUAUGUACGUCAAAGAAAUUGAAGGAAAAAUGGAAAAAUCCAAUGUUGUUGAAAAACAUCUGUCCGCAAGUUUAAAAGACAUCCAAGAAAAAUUCCCGAUGCAAACCACGGACGAGUUGGUUGAGUUAGACGACAUUUUAAAAAAAGAUGAUGAUCUCAAAAAGUGUUUUGUCAGUUAUGUGAAAUCUAUAGGAGGCAGAGGUUUUAAGGAAAUGGUGUCCCGUAUUAUGGGCAAACUGAUAACUAACAGUUUGGGGAUUAGCUGUUCCCUUCUGGGGAAAAGAAAUCACUUUCCAUUUAAGCAUUUAGAAUUGAUGAAUAAUAUAUUAAAUGCCGUUCGGCAAACUUUCCCUGAUACAAGCGAAAGUGCCAUUGAAUUGGCGGUGGGGGAGUGGUUACGCUUAAGCAAGCUGAGACAAUCAAGGGAAAAACCUCUCCAAAAUCAAUAA